UUUCGACAGCGGGCAUUAGUGGUUAGAUAGUCCGCACUUUAGCUUUUAUAAAUAAUAGUACAAACGGAUCGAACUUAUCUUCUUCUAACUUUAGGGAAACGGCUUCGUAGACGUAGCGUAGCACAUAAAGUAAAGGAGAUUUUUGCAAGGCGGCUAUUCACCGCGAUAAAUUAGAGUAAGAUAAGUGUUAUCGUGUAGUUUUAUAGGAGAAAACAAUGCCAGAGGUUCUCAUAAAGCAUAGAUAUCUCGGUUGUGAGUGUAGGGUAGAAUAGGGGGGUAGCAUGUGUGAAAAUAAGGAGGAGGCCCGGUGUGAGGCGGUGGAGACUCCUAAACGUCUCUGCUGGCCGCGCAGGCCCCCCGCUCCCCUGCCGGACACCAGGGGGCUUUGUUGUGCCAAACUUCUGAGGAAAAAUGGAAAGUCGAAAAAGGUACUCCUAUUCCCAGAGGAGGGCUGGGCACGGAGUGCAUCCUCGUCGUACUGGACGCUGCAGCCCUGCUGGUGGCGGCGCUCAAGGUGCAGAGUCGUAGAAGUGGCCGGCACUAGAAGGCACAGCACUCAUGCGCGGAUGGUGGUCAGCGGAGUCAACGCGGUGUACAUCGUGGGCACAUUCAAACACCUGGGGACUGACGCUGAUUUUAAGCUGUACCUCACAACGAACGUAACGCAAGCGGACUUCAACAUGGGCUACAUGAUGACCGGCACACUGGAGCGCGGCAGUCGCUCCACCAACAGCUUCCAAGUCACCCACUUCGCUGUGUUGAGGCGCUGCGAUCACGAGUCACACCAUCUUAAAACUGCAUAGAUUUUAUAAGUUCCCUAGUCUAUUACUUUAUUAUACUUUCAUAAAUCUUAACCGACGCACACUGGAGCGCGGCAAUCGCUCUACCAAUAGCUUCCAAAUCACCCACUUCGCUGUGUUGAGGCGCUGCGAUCACGAGUCACACCAUCUUAAAACUGCAUAGAUUUUAUAAGUUCCCUAGUCUAUUACUUUAUUAUACUUUCAUAAAUCUUAACCGACGCACACUGGAGCGCGGCAAUCGCUCUACCAAUAGCUUCCAAAUCACCCACUUCGCUGUGUUGAGGCGCUGCGAUCACGAGUCACACCAUCUUAAAACUGCAUAGAUUUUAUAAGUUCCCUAGUCUAUUACUUUAUUAUACUUUCAUAAAUCUUAACCGACGCACACUGGAGCGCGGCAAUCGCUCUACCAAUAGCUUCCAAAUCACCCACUUCGCUGUGUUGAGGCGCUGCGAUCACGAGUCACACCAUCUUAAAACUGCAUAGAUUUUAUAAGUUCCCUAGUCUAUUACUUUAUUAUACUUUCAUAAAUCUUAACCGACGCACACUGGAGCGCGGCAGUCGCUCUACCAAUAGCUUCCAAAUCACCCACUUCGCUGUGUUGAGGCGCUGCGAUCGCGAGAUUUUAUAAGUUUCGUAGACUAUUACUUAAAUUUAUUAUACUUUCAUAAAUCUUAAUGACAAUGCAUGUGAUGCAUCACCUACCACCAAAGCUAAAAUAUCAGUUAAGAGAAAGAUAGCAUGAUGUAUAUUACAUAUUGUGUCUUAUACUGUAGCUCAAUCACAGCAUAAGAAAAGUUUCACAAUGCGACAGCAAGCGAUCGUUCUAAAAAUUUUUAAAGGUCAGGUAGGCUAAGCUCGAUUUGUAUAGAUUUUAAACUAAGACAUACCAAACCUGUUGAUGUCACCGCUCAUUUUAAAGUAUUUGAUUUUAAUAGUUUACUAGCAGUACAUAUAUAUAAUUGUGUAUAUUUUUACAACAAGUUUUCUGUAGUAACAAUAUAUUAUUUUUAUAAAAUUAUACUGGUCCGUCAUCCAUCUACAUCUACCGACCACCUGUAUACAUAAUGCAUGUAUCUGCAAAUAAAUUAAUUGAUUGAUUGAUUGAUCUUUUGGAGUUCACCAAUCUGAAUUGAGAAUGACGUCACUUAGCUAAAAUUGCAAUAUCUAACAAUUCUCUUGUAAACUUCAUUGUAAAAAAUGUUGCUUGAUUGUAAAAAAAAAAACUUGUUAUAAAAAGCCUCGUGCCAAAAUCCAAUGCUACUCUGUUUUACUGUACCCAGAGCAUUGACGGUAUAAAUCAUGUUAGCGCUUUAAGUUUUAUCUACCGCAUGUUUUACGAUGAGACUUUGAAUAUACAUGUCCACGUAUAUUUUUACCGGUUAUGUUAAAACCACAGAUUAAAGAAUUAUAGGCAGAUAGAGCGCACGGAAAACGGCAGUGAUGCAGCCAUUCCAAAUACAAAUUCACAAACUAAUACAUUCUCGAGACAGUAGGACACAAAGCGUCGCAUCAGUAGUUUUCAAUAUUAUUAAAAAAAAAGUUUUUAAAUAUUUAACAACUGUUCACAUAAACUAAAAAAAGUAAAAUGGAGUAUUUUUAUAGAUGUAUUAAUUUACGUAAUUGUUGUUAAUGAAAUAAAAAUUGUGAAAAAAGUUUGUUUAUAUCAGACAGCAACAUUAUGCGAAUGUCACAGAGACGCAUGUGUGACGUUUUUUUUAUGGGUUUCACCGGCGCGGCGUGUAAAGACUCAUUCUGUAUCAUUCUCUAUUCUGUGGUUAAAACGCUGUUCUUUAAAAUGACCUAAACUUAGCUACCAUUUUCUUUCGUUUAAAAGCAAUAACUUUUAAACUCUAAAAAUAAAGAUUCCUAUUUUAAAUAUAAAAAAGUCAUCACACCAUUUGAAAUAAUAAUGUAAACUUGGAAUAGAUAAUUAGAUUGUAUUGAUUGAUUAAAUUGAUCUGUAUGAAGAUCUCAAAUUCUUUGAAAUUAGAUUUUAGACGUAAGUAAGUAUAUUGCCAAGCGAUAUUGUGAUGUUAAAAAUCGGUUAAUGCUUAUUAUUUCUUAGUAAUUAAUUUUAGAAAUUAAACUAGUCAUAAUUGAUAAUUGGUAGUAGAAUAAAUUUACAUUCGCAUUAAGUUAUUAAUACAUAAAAAGUAGAAAACUUGCUUCAUAGACGUGUAUUAGUGAUCGAUAUGAUGUAUUUUUGUAAAACUAACAAUAGGAUUGUAUAGAUUAAAAGUCUAUAUGUUUAAAGUUCAAUGCAAUAUUUUUUUGUAUAGCAAUUUUUAAUUAAACACUAUUAUUUGGUUCCGUAAAUAACAUGUAAGAAACGAUAACAAUACCAAAAUAUUAUUUAAACUGGAUUUUAAUUUGACCAUGUGAUUAACUUUAAGGACAAGGCUUAUCAUAUAUAUAUAUAUAUAUAUAUAUAUAUAUAUAUACUCGUUAAUAGAUUUAUAUCCAGAAUUAAACUAUUAAUUCAAAUGUAGAUAAAAACGCAAUAGAAUUUUAACAAACUAAAAUAAAGUGACAUUGUUUAUCUUAAGUUUGCAGUUAAUCUAUAAAAAUUAUAAAAAUAAUCAUUCGUCAGAGCGAUCAUAAUUAAUAGCCCCCUGAAGGGGAACCCCCUGGUUAUAAUGAAACCUUAAUUAAUCUUUUUUUUUAAGUAAUAAUCCUUUAUUUAUAUUUUACAAUCAAAGAUUUGUGUAAUUACAGCUCGAUUAGUAUCGAUAUUUUGGUAUUGUACGAAUAAAUUAGUAGAUAAUCAGAGAUCAUAGGUGAUUAUGAUAGAAACAUAAUUAUAAGCGUGUAGGUAAGGUAACUGAGGGCCUAGUGGCAAUUUGAUACUGUGACGAUCGCGUUAACGUAAACGCGAAUUUCUAAGGAAUUGAAACAGCGCCAUCUAGUGGCCUUACUGCACAACUGUUUCAAUUCCAUAUACAUUCGCGUUUACGUUAACGCGAUAGUAACAGUAUGAACAUAUUGAAAACUCCACUAGGCACACUGAUCUCAAAUAAAAUCAAUAUAAGUAUCGUCAACUAUGAUAAAAUAAAUGUGUCAGGAGUCAGACGUACCUGGAUAGUAGUAGUAGGUAAUGUCAGUGCGAGAGUUUCUUGUACAUAUUGGAUAGAACUGCUCAUCGGAAUACUUUAGUGGAUCGAGGUUCAUUUUGAGAUGGCUGUGAGCAAGGUAUGGUAGCUUCCGACGUGUUUAGGAGAUGUAAACUGUAAAGGAGAUGGUCCAUUUCAGGUCCACUUUUGUACCCCGUAUCAUCAAAAUUUAAAAAAUACAAGGAUUUUAUUAAACUAAAUAAAAAGAAAGACAUAAAAUAAAAACCCAAGUUUUUUAAUUAUAUCAAGAUGGCGCCCAUAGAGGAACUAUGACAUGACAAUUGACAGCAAACUUCAAAUCGAUUCAUGCAUUGAAAACGUCAUCUAUCCUAUAUCCUAUAUUAUUAAUGUUGCAUUUCUUGGGAGAUAAUGGUUAUUAUUUCGAAACAAUUAAAGUAAAUUCGUAGAUUUGUAUAAUCAAAAAUAGUUAAAAAAAUAUAUAUUCUUUUAUUUCCGCUAGGGUACAAUGGGGUACAAUCCUGGGCUCCAUACAAUUUGGACCAUCUCCUUUCAUACCGUUAUAGAGACCUAUUAUUCAUUCCCUAUGGCGUUCAAACUUAAUACACUCUUCAGCUUAUUGUAGAUUAACAACGAAGCAAUUUUUCUAACUUCACGAGCUUGCUAACUUUUAUAUUUAUCUGUAUUUUGCUGCUUUUGAUUUCAAACUAAAUGCAUUGAAAAAUUAUAGUCCGGAUUUUCAUUGUCGCAAUAUAUAUUACAUCGAUUUGAAAGAAUCAGGACUACAUCUAAUAACAUCAGUACAUUAUAUAUAGAUAGAUUGACUCUAUGUAAAGCGUCUUGUAAACGAUUGAACUUUUUGUCAAAACAUACUUGUUUGUCAAAAAGUUCGAUAUUGAUUUGCAGCUUUGUUCCAAGCGUUUGACAAUUAAGUAAAGUUUAACAAGCAAAUUUGUCUAACAUAUUUGGUCGUCUCCAACUCUUUAACCAAACCAAUGUCAAUUUAUAUAAACAAACGAUAAUUUGUGAUUAAACACUAGAUUUAUCUCUUUUCAAUUGUGGAUGCUGGGAUGAUUCCAAAAUCCAGGAAAUUCAAGUAAAAUUGCAUGUGUAAGUAAUUACUUCUUCUUACUAGUCUUAAGCACAGAGAAAUACUUUGUGUUGUUAAGUAUUCACUAAGUAGGUACGUAACAGAUGAUCUGCUGGUAAUUCAAUAAAAGUAAUUUCUAUCCUUUCAUGUCUUUUCGACGAACUUCAAAAUAUUACUAUUACUUAACCCUUUGCUAGAACUUAUUACGAAAAUACCUAUGAAUGUUGUUUUAAGCGGGAUACCGUAUUACUCAAAACUCAUUUACUGGUAGACAAUUUGGUCCCGCACUUAAAAAACUAACUAAGUUUAAUAAUUACAUAACAAUAAAUGAGGCAUGCUAAAAAGUAAUUAAAUGUAAGCUAAUGAGUCCGAUAUUUUGUAAUAAAUGAUAAAUCGAGUAAUUAUCUAAGAAUUAAACGUCCAGUAUCGCACUCCCUCCAAUAUUUAUACACAUGAUUUUGUACAAAGCUAGGAGAUUUUGGAUUAAUCCAUUUAACUUAAGAAAUAACUAAUAAUUCUAUAAAAGAAAUUAACACAGUAAUUCCCGAUUAGAGGUACUUAUGGCAAAUACUAUAAUGUAAUUUUAUAACGUAAAAUCAUUAGUCAAAAAUACUUAACGAAAGUAUCUUCUCCAGAAAAUGUUAGAAUUAAUAAUUAGAAUCAGUAAUAACUUAGGUAAAGGUAGAAUGAAUCGGCUAUUUCAUGUCAUGUAAAGGAUUGUAGGGUAAAAGUUCCUGCCUGAUGCUCUUAGACUACAUGCCCUUGAACAAACAUUACAUUUGAAAUGAACCAACAUGAAUAACGCUUAAAAGGCUGUUACUAUAUCAGAAAAUAACUCUGAGCACUAUGCCGUAAUUUCUGAGCGGUACAAGUGAGUACGCGAGUGAAGAGUAAGGCUUGCGACCCUUAUAUUUCGACUCCUGCGCUGGAAAUAUGUACGGCGUUUACGGGUAAAGUAUCUGUAUAUACAAAAGGAAUAGCACAAAUGCCGUACAGUAAUAGAUGAAAUAUUUUGCUUCUGCAAUUGUCGACGAAUUAACAUUUGUUCUGACUUCCGGCACCACCAUUUUAGUACGGCACUAGGAUUUCCGACAUUUAUUUUUAAUUAUCUUUAACACUAUAACAAAGCCGUACAUUAAUAAUUAGUUGUAAUUCAUCAAAUGAUGAAAUAAUAAUAUAAUAAAAUAAACUAGUUAUUUUUUCUACUAUAUAAAAAUAAGUCGGGUUUUCCUUCCUGACGAUAUAACUCCAGAACGCACGUACCGAUUUCCACGGUUUUGCAUUCGUUGGAAAGGUCUCGGGCUCCGUGAGGUUUAUAGCAAAGAAAAUUCAGGAAAAAUUUCAACAGAAAAGCGGGAAAAUCUUUUUUCACAAAUAGCGUCAUCUCUGAUACAUAUCAUGUACUACAAACCAAUAUUGUCGGGGUAGGGUAGGGGUAGUUGAAAGUUUACAUCGAGUUUCACGCGGACGAAGUUGCGGGCGUCUGCUAGUAUUAAUUAUAAUGGAAUUUCUCUGGUACAAAUGUACCUGAGAAAUUCCAUUCAGUCGCGUACUCACCACUGUACCGCUCAGAAAUAACGUCAUAGUGCUCAGAGUUAUUUUCUGAUAUAGUAACAGCCUUCUAAGUGUUAUUCACGUUGGUUCAUUUCACAGGUAAUUUUUGUUCUAGGGCUUGUAGUCUAUCUAGAUCUAGUCUGUUAUAUUUUCUAAUUUGCCAAAGUUUUCACCAAUUAAUACCACAAUUCAACAAUUAAUUCUACAAUUCAACGAGUUAGCUGCUUCAGCUAUAUUGGAUAGAAUCUGCUUUGGUAGAUCGCAUUAAAGAGAUUCGACUUAGCUAUUAAGCGAUUUACGUUAACUAAUACAUUAGAAAUAUCAAUUAUUUAAUUGAUUAAGUUAAAACUCACGCGAUAUAAGGUCGGAGUAUGCCCCACUAGUUAACUAUGACUAGUCGUGCCGCGUUGCAAGAACCAGCUCAUGACUGAGGGCCCCGUAUGGGGCCGAAACCAGUCGUGCAUACUCCGACCUUAUAUAAUGUGAGUUUUAGCCGUGUUUUAUAAUCAAUUAAUAUGAACAACACUCACAAUAGUUUAAACAUUUGAAAUACUAAACUAAAUACCUAAUUUAUCAUUAAUCGGUUCAGUACACCGUAUCUUUAUUUGUAAUUACCUAGAUUUGUUCUGUAGUUGAGAUUAGAAAUCUGGAUUCGUGAAACUUUUAUAAUUAAGGAAGUUGGUUGUGAUAUUUUUAAUGAUUAUGUUAAAAAGUAGAUAACAUUUGGAGUUAUUGUCUUUAUAAGUUCAAUGUAUUUUUUAAUUGUAAAUUGACGUUUUAGACAAUUUUGUUUUGAUAUUCCAUAAUGUAAUAGGUCUCCAAAUAAAUUGAUACGAUAAAUAAUAAAUGCUGAUAUCACUUAUUACCUAGUUAUUUAAUCACUUAACUACUUUUUUAAAAUUUUAAUUAUAUGUAUUUCUUUAAUCAUGUAUAAUAACUUGAGGCUCCACAGUAAACAAUAGAAACUAAGGGCGUAAUUAGGUGAUAUAUUUAAAACAACAAUCAAUUACUUAAACAACUAAAGUAUUAAAACUACAAGUACUUACAAGACAACAAUUAAUUAUUUAUAUUACUAAUCAUUGCUGAUAUUAACAAAAUAAUGAAAAAAAAAUAUUUUUUAAUUUUAAUCGGUAGUUAUAAUAUUUUAAUAUUAUAAAUCCACAUAAAUAAAACGUAAGUCAUUAGGAGUUAACCCUUAACCACCUACUUGCGGUCGCAGAGACUGCAACGAUUUAACAAAAUAAUUUUUCUUUUCGAAAAUUACGCGGCAUUUCGCGGAGCCCGUCUAUGGACCUUUUCUACACAUGGAACCGUAAUGCGCUUACACUCGGAGUAAUAUACGUGCACGCGGCUUUAGAUAAUAAAAUUGUUUCGCCAGCGGUCCCUGAGACCGUAUGUUUUUUGUUUGAAGAUUGAAUUAAAGAGAUUGAAUUAGAGGGAAAGUGGUUAAGGGUUAAAUCGUUAAGUCGGUUAUAUGUCUGCCGCCAUAAAUUUUAAAUUGUGGUAGAAAGAUUCCAUGGUUCCAUGGAAUUUGUAAAAAAAACAAUUUCAUGCGAACGAAGUUGCGGGAGUAGACUAGAGAGUAAUAAAUCAUUUAAUUUCGCCCUUAUUUAAUUGUACUGCAAAUUACCUACUUGCACCGUAAACAUUAAUGUUAUUGUGAAUGUAAGUAGACUAACACCUGCUGGCCUAUUCACUAAUUUGAACCUAUUAAAAUAAACAUCAAAUCAACUGAGACAUGCCAUCUACCUACUGUAUGAUAUCCACGAAGGGUUGUCAGUAGGCACCGGCUGACAUUUGUUACAUAGAAUCUCAAUUUCGUAUUGUCAACUUAUAAUAAAAUACGUCUGGUCCAGACGUGUGUAACGCGUAAUUUAUGAUUACGUGUAAUUUAGUGUCAACAUUGUAGACGGCACACAAACUUAAAACGAAUUGUCUACGCGAAUCUAUUUCAAGAGCGGUUGCGAGCAAUGCGAGCGCUUUUGUGUUCGUUUAAAAACCGACAGCCGAUCAGCCCGAACCGGCGCAAGCGUUACAUGUAAUGCUCGUAGUGCCGUCCACACAUAUAAUUCGCAUUCCAUUACACGGUGGAUUACAUUACGCAUUACACGCGUCUGGACCCGGCUUAAGCUAGUGGCUCCCGCAGGUGACCGUCACGAGUAUCAACUUACCUUAUUGAAGGUUACGGUCGUGGUAUGAAACCAGUAGUAGGUACCUACAGGAUAUUAAUAAUCAUCUAAUUACACCACAAGACGACUAGCAGGCCUAUAUUCAGGCCUAUAUUCUCUAAUUCGAUCGCUUUUCAGAAAUCCGUGGCAGUGCCGCAAAUCUGACCCUUUAAAUCCCUGUAGCUCCGAAAGUAAUGAUCGAAGAUAUCCUGUUACUUUUACAAAAUUGUUUUUCUAUUAGCAUACUCCUAGUUUAUAUACAAUUAAAAAAACUGCCAUCAUCCCUAUUACAAUGAAAUUAAAUUUAACUUUAACAUUUAAUAUAAUUUCUGUAGUUUGUAUAUGAUAUUUAAUUUGAGGUAGCACAGAGUAACUCUAAUUGUAAUAUAUUCACUAAUUGCAUUUAUAGAUUUAUUUAAAGCGUGAUUUCGUUAAUUAAAUUUUAAGUCAAUACUGUGCAAGUAGGUAUGAAAUACCGUGAAAUACUUUAUUUAUGAAGUCCAGUAAAAACGUUAAUGUAAAAGUGCCAAACUUAGAGCUUUUAUGUAGAUCUCGACUUGAAUACCGUACUGUACAUAAUAUAACUAUUGCUUCUUAUAUGUCGUUAUAUGUAUUACUUAUCGAUAAAAUAAAGUGUAUUAA